GGUUCUCAAAUUGACUUUGGUGCUACUUUUGUCCGGUGACCGGUCAUGUGACCAGUGUAAAUCCAAGGCUAGGGCACGUGUGUGCAAAAAGUUCUCAACAAACAAAACACACUGACAGUGACAUUAAGAUAUUUUCGCAAAGAUGGUGAAGAUUGAAGAUGUCAUUAGUCCAAUGACCUUUAACCUCUUGAUGAGCAUGGGUGCAGGGGUCAUACUGGGCUGGUUGGUUAAGGGAAAGUAUGGACGUCAAGUUGAGCUCCGUAAUGACCUACCAACUGAGGAGGAAAAUACGAGUGUGAUGGGAGAAACAGGUGAAUAUAAAUUGGUACUAGUGGUGAGGACAGACUUGAAGAUGGGAAAAGGAAAAGUAGCAGCACAGUGCAGCCACGCAGCAGUGUCUUGCUACAAGCAGCUAGCAAGAAGGAAUCCAGCGAUGUUAAAGGAAUGGGAGCACUACGGUCAGCCCAAGGUGGUCCUCAAAGCACCGGAUGCAGAAGCACUAGCUGAGUUAGCAUCAAGGGCUCGUAGUCUAGGUUUGACUACAGCAGUCAUUCAGGACGCUGGUAGGACACAGAUUGCCCCUGGAUCAAGAACAGUUCUAGGAGUUGGACCAGCACCAGCAUCUCUCGUCGACCAAGUAACUGGAGAGCUCAAACUUUAUUGAUGAUGACGAUGAUGGUAUGAGUGUAGUCUCUAUCAUCGAUAACCCAAGAAAACCAGUUAAAGUUUGGAAGGACAUCAACUAAAAAGCUUAACACAGGUCAGCAAGGCAACUUCUACCACCAAUGCCAGAAAAAGGCCAGCCUUGUGUACCUCCUAAUGUAACACACUGCAUCAGUGUGCCUUUCUUGUGCGCCUUAUAGUCUCUAUCAUCGAAAACCCAAGAAAACCAGUCAAAGUUUGGAGUGCACAUAAAAUGAAACGCUUUACACAGGUCAGAAGGCAAGUUUUACCAUAGUAAUGACAGACAAAAGGCCAGCCUUGUGUACCUUCUAAUGUAACACACUGCAUCAGUGUGGCUUUCUCGAGUGUCAUUUUAUUUUAUUUAUUGAUGGCGUGACGUCGCCAUGCAGGUAGAUAUUAGAAAUGUGAUGAAUAUAACACUGGAUCGUCCCCUUUUCAGCCAAGAUGACAUUCUCCGUUUGCCAAUUUGCAGUGUUAUGUGGCUUUGUACUGUAGACUAUGGCAGAUUUUGUUUUGCUGCCAUCGAUUUCACAAAACUCUUCCUAACUUAGGAUUAAUCUCAUGACUUAGGACGAGU